AUGGCGCCCUCAAUCACGAGUCUUGAACGUGAGCGCUCUGUUAUACCCAUCAACACCUUGGAGCUAUCUAAGAAAGCUCCCACUCAGGUCACACAACAAGCCAUCGACCUUCCACUUACUCUUUCCGAAGCUUAUGUAGUUGAGGCGGUAAACUCCCAAUACUUGGAGUACUUGGAUCCAGAAUUAGGUCAGGGUCUUGAAAUCGAUUCAGUUCUCGUUGUUUGCUGGUUACUCGUGAUAUAUGGUUUCUCUCCUGUGAGAACCAUGUACCUGACCUUCCAUGCUGGAUCCAAUCUAUGCUAUAUAGAUGGCAAAAGUCAGGAUGUCAACUCACGCGCGGUUGAAUUUUCUUCGAAGCAUUCAUUGAAGGAUCUCGUUCGGGAUUUCUGUCGUAUCAAGGAGGGCAUGAACUUACCUGACCCCGAAGAAGGGUCUACUUCCGAUGAGAAGAACCACCCUCUUGCCUCGGUUGUCCACUAUGCCCGUGAACUGUUCCGCCAUAUCAUCGACUCAAAUCUUCUCUCCAGCAAGACUGAUCACCAUCUGUUCCAGAUCCCCAAUCCAAAGUUGAUGCUUAACGUGACAAACUCAAAUGGUGAUCUGCACGCACGUCUCGCUUUCUCAUCGACCGAGAUGUCCAAAGAAUUCGCAACAAGUCUUCUUCACUGCUUCAACAAGGUCGUCGCUUCAAUAUACCGCUCCCUCGGAACUUCUUUGGAUGACUUUGAUUUAUGUUCGGACCUUGACCUCAUUCUGGUGCAAAGGUUUACAAAAGAGGUCUCGGAAUCCCACGAGGUCUUACUACAUGACAUGACAUUGGAGCAUGCUCGACUAACCCCGGACGCUCCUGCAAUUUGUUCAUGGGAUGGAAGAUUCACCUACAGAGAGCUAGAUGAUCUCACAAGUCGCCUUGCUCUUCACUUGACCUCUAUUGGUGUUAGUCCUGAAACCUUCGUCCUCAGUUGUUUCGAAAAGUCAGCUUUUGCGAUUAUUGCGCGCCUGGCUAUUUUGAAAGCCGGUGGAGCGUACGUAUCCAUCGACGCGAGCGAUCCUCCCAAUUUUCUCGACUCAGUCAUCACUCGCGCUAACGCUAAAAUCAUGCUCACAUCUCCUGGGUAUGCAUCAAAAUAUGCCUCAAUUAUUUCAAACGUCAUUGCGAUUACAGAAGAGAGUCUAAAAGCACUUCCCACCGGAGAACUAUCUUCCACAGUCCAGCCAGGAAAUGCCUGUCUGAUUUUAUUCACCUCCGGCAGCACGGGUCAACCCAAAGGCAUUAUCCAGGAACAUCGAUCUUACGCCACAGCAAUCCGCGAUUACAACAAGGUCCUCGGUCUAGGUCGACACAGUCGUGUCUUCCAGUUCGACGACUAUGCAUUCGACAUCAGCAACAAUGAUUACCUCACAGCUUUGGCAGCUGGUGGCUGUUGCUGUGUUCCAACACCCAAAAAAACCAUAUCUGGUCUGAUUGAAAAUAUCAAUGUCAUGAAGGCCAACAUGAGCUUCAUGACCCCGACAAUUGCAAUUCAAGUUAACCCCAAAGAUGUCCCAUUGCUGGAACUGCUUUGCGUCGGUGGCGAACCCAUGUCAAACGACCUAAUCAUGAAAUGGGGUCCUCACGUCAAGCUGGUCAAUCAGUACGGAAUGGGCGAGGCCGCCACCUUUUGUGCCUACAACGACAACCCUAAGGCAGGCCACAAUGCCGUUGUCGGUAGAUCCGGUAGCGGUGCCAUCUGGAUCGCCAAUACUUCUUCCCCUGACCGGCCCGUUCCCGUUGGCGCUGUUGGCGAGAUCUUGAUUGAAGGUCCCCAUCUUUCCCGUGGCUACUUGGACGAUCUGUGUCAGAAACCAGAUGUGGGAUUUCUCAGUGAAGUCCCUCGGUGGAUUGCAGAUCUCCACCCGUCCCGAGCAUCAACCUCUCGCAUCUAUCGGUCUGGUGAUCUGGGGCGGUAUCGCCACGAUGGCACAGUCGAGCACAUGGGUCGAAAGGAUACACUUCUUAAACUCAACGGUGGACGUGUUGAGUCGACCGAAGUCGAGUACAUUCUUCGGAAAACUCUUUCACUUGGUGAUCUCACCGUCGUCGAUAUGCUCGGUGAGAUUGGCGGUAGCUAUGAUCCUGUUCUGGUGGCCUUUGUUUACCUGGUUGAUAACCCGACAAAUCUUCUUCCUGGAAUCCCAGACAAUGAAAUGUCGUUCCUUCCGAUAACGAACCGUGUCCGAGUGAACAGCUUGGUAGAAGCGAUGCAGAAUGAAGUCCAACGCACGCUGCCAAAACACAUGAUGCCCAGCUUGUUUCUCCUUGUCGACCGGAUUCCCCGUACUAGGUCUAACAAGCUUGAUCGCAGAAAAUUGCAUCAAUUGGCCCAAAAAUGGUAUAUAGCGGAGUAA